UGCGGCUCCGCGCAUUUCAAGAUCAAGAUGGCAGCCUCCGUGUGUCGGUGCUACGAGCUGGUAGGCAGACGUGCCUUGGCCAUCUGCUCCAGGCCUCUUGUCUCCUCAUCGUGGAGAGGAGAUGCCUACACGUUACGUAGGAGCCCAGCUGCAACUGUGCAGGUGCGAUAUGCUUCAGGACGUAGUAAAGGUUUCCUGGGGGAGUUUGUGGAUAACCUGCGUCAGGAGUUCAGUAAGAAUCAGGAGAUGAAAGAGAACAUAAAGAAGUUCAGAGAAGAGGCCAAGAGGCUUGAGGAGUCUGACGCUCUGCAACAAGCCCGCAGGAAAUAUAAAUCUAUAGAGUCUGAGACAGUGAAGACUUCAGAGGUGUUUCGCAAGACCUUUGGCUCCCUGUCAGAGACCGUCAAGGAGGGUCUUGAGGAGGUGAGCCGCACUGACAUCGGGAAGAAGAUCAAGGAAAGUGUGGAGGAGGCUGCCAAGACAGCCAAGCAAUCUGCUGAGUCAGUCUCCAGAGGAGGAGAAAAACUGGGCAGAACCGGAGCAUUCAGGGCCAUCUCACAGGGUGUGGAGACUAUGAAGAAGGAGAUAGAUGUUGGGGAUGCUGGCCCUUACAGAGCUCCCUCUCAGCUUAGAAAGAGGAGCGAUUUCUCCUCCAAAGGAGCCGACAGCGACUCCAGAGUGUUCGAGGCCAAUGAAGAGGCGAUGGGAGUUGUUCUCCACAAGGACUCAAAGUGGUACCAGCAGUGGAAGGACUUCAAGGACAAUAAUGUAGUUUUUAACAGAUUCUUUGAGAUGAAGAUGAAAUAUGAUGAAAGUGACAAUGCCUUGGUCAGAGCAUCCAGAGCUGUGACUGACAAAGUCACCGGUUUCCUAGGCGGUCUUUUCUCUAAGACAGAAAUGUCCGAAGUGCUGACGGAGAUCGUGAAGGCGGACCCCACCUUUGACAAAGACUCUUUCCUCAAACAGUGUGAGAAAGACAUCAUCCCUAACAUACUGGAGGCUAUGAUCCGUGGAGAGCUGGAUGUAUUAAAAGACUGGUGCUAUGAAGCUACGUACAGUCAGCUGGCUCACCCCAUCCAGCAGGCCAGGGCGCUGGGGCUGCUCUUCCAGUCCAAAAUCCUGGACAUUGAUAACAUAGAUCUAGCAAUGGGCAAGAUGAUGGACCAGGGCCCAGUGCUGAUUAUAACCUUCCAGGCUCAGGUCGUCAUGGUGAUCCGCGGCCCCAAAGGAGAUAUCGUGGAAGGAGAUCCGGAAAAGGUGAUGAGGAUGAUGUAUGUUUGGGCGCUGUGUCGUGACCAGGAGGAGCUGAACCCCAACGCAGCCUGGAGACUCUUGGACAUCUCUGCCUCCAGCACUGAGCAGGCUCUCUAGGAGGAGGAGGAGGAGGAGGAGCACAGGUGAAAAGGCAGAAACUGUGAUGAAGGGCAGAAGACAUAUGGAUGUGCCUGUAACACCUGCACGCACUGACUCACACAUGUAUAUUAACACCUGAGUGCAGAGUGCAUCCAUGCUCCUGUGUCACGCCAGAGACUGUAUUUGCACACACUCACAUUUCCUAUUGUUAUUCAGAGGGUUUAUGUGCACGUGUAUAUUCAUUCACUCCAUGUUGUGAAGAUAUACAUGAACUUAACCCACUGGUAUAUGAUAUAUCCAUAGAAAACUGUGCAUCCACCAACAUGUGUGUGCUGUCUCCUGCACUGGUUGGCUCAGUGUUUGGGUUUCCAGAUGGAGAGUGAAUAUAGAACAUUUACAUUGAUAUUCAAAUGGAUUGGACCGACUUCUUCACCACCUGGCUAAAAGAGGAGCGUGUGCCAUUACCCUCAUUGUUAUAUCCAUCCAUACAUGCCUGAUGGCUACAUCCAUGAGGAUCGACAGAAGAAAAGGACAUGGCACCUGUGGCUUUACUUGCUGGUCUCGAGAGGACAUCUGAAGUCUUAAACUAGGUUUACUGUCAACACUGUCUUUGUCAAAUAAUGUCAACAGGAAAUUAAAAUGUGCAGCAACCAACAUAGCUGAGUGGGACAGCAUGAGAGACCUUGUUGAUCAAGGCAAGCAUGCUUCAAGUUAAAGGGGCACUCCACCAAUUUUACACAUAAGGAUCAGUUUACGUGUCACAAGGAUUCUGCCCAACCUGUGUAAACAGCUCUGGAGGGAGCUUUUUAAAACCUGAUAAAAUAACACUGAUGAUGUCAUCAGUUACCUCAGAUUGGGCUUUUUAACAGAAAGCUUGUUCAUGUUACAGACUUGAGAUGUGGAGUUUGAAAGAAGUGAAUAUUUACCAGGCAGGUAGGUUCUCAUGGAAGAUGUCAUUGAGUUUCAUUACAGGAAAUAAAGGAUCCAGUGUUGUUCAAGCUCAACUCAUACUAUGGAAUAAAUUAAAAUAUUUAAGCCUCUACUGCUUCUAUUUCAACCAUUCUUUUUAUAAUUUAUCUCUUGUGAGUCUCAAAACUUUAUGGAACUGCAGUACUAAAUGGCUGCAGAGUACAACUUUAAGGCUUUACUUGCAAAUUGUUCUUUCCGCAUAGCUGCAAGGGUCUGUGAGAUUUAAUAAUACCAUCAUCUGCCUGUGUCUGUGAGGCUCUGCCAACACUUUCCCUAUGCAGAUGCCCAAUGUAAUAUAAACAGAAGUUAAUGUCCACUGUCUGGAGUGUGUCUGGCCCUUAAAUGUCCUCUUAACAAUAAAUUCCUUAAAGGUCCAGUGUGUAGGAUUUAGGGGGAAAUAUUGGCAGAAAUUGAAUAUCAUAGUCGUCACUAUGUUUUCAUAAUACAAUCACCUGAAACUAAGAAACGGUGUUUUUGUUACCUUAGAAUGAGCUGUGUAUAUCUACACACAGAGCGGGUCUUCUUCCACAGAGUCCACCAUGUUGUCUCUAAAGUAGCCCAGACCAGACUAACCAAUGCCGGCUCUAGAUGGGGUCAUUCGUGUUUUCACGUCUGCCCCUGUAGUUGUCCUUUACACUUGGCACACAGGAGAAGUUUUAGUUGGUUGCAAUCUGCAAAAUCACCACUAGAUGUCACUAAAUCCCACACACUAGAACUUUAAGAUCACCAGGUGAAAUUAACCAUUAAGACACAGUUGUCAAUGAUUUUAGAGAGAAAAUAUUUGAAGGGUUUUUUUUCUAGACCAAAUUACCAUCGCCUUUUGGGGGAAAAAAAAGCUCCUUAAAGGUAUUCUAUACAGGAAUUGUUGGUUACUGUUCAUGAAACGUAUUGCCAGCAAGAACAAAAGUGAAAUCCAACCCCAGAUUCACUCCUGUGUUGAAACGGGCUUUGUCCACUGGGCGUUUUGCCUCGCUAUAUUUGCCUUUUUCUGCACUGUGUCCUUUGUUUUCAUAGCUACAGAUUCAUAGCUGAAGAUACAGGCAGAGGGCAAAGUCUCUGUAGUUAAAGACACUGCCACACACUUCAUACUUCAUCAUAAGUGCUGAGUAAAAUGAAUUUAUAUAGGUUUGUUUUUUUGUUUUUGUUUUUGAAAAUACUGCAUAAUAUACAUUUAAGGAAUUUUUAGCCUUGGAUCAAAAUGCAGCUGUGGUGGUUCCUGCUUGGUUCCUGUUGGCUUUUACAUCAGAAACAUGUCCAAACUUAAAUAGUACAAAAAGUAAGAUGAUGUUUGAACCAUUAAAUGUAGGAUGUAAUGAUCUGUGUAGUCCGGGUCCAUGCUGUCCUGUAUACUGUAGCUCAGAGCGCCCAGUGCACCCAGAAACCACAAGCAACUGGAGAAAACAUGCCUUUGUAUUUGCAUUUGUUUUUUCAAGUUGCAGUGCAUUGGGCUCCCAGUCACUGUAUAUCCUGUACAGCCUCAAUAAGAACUGUAUUGUAUCUACAUGUUAAUAUAAGCUCUCAACUCCUUGUAAAUAUAUUAACUGUUAAGUACUGCUUUUUUUGUAAGUCUCCAUGGGAUCACAUUUGAAUUUGUUAUCAUGGCUUUAUUGUUUGAAGAUUAUUUGUCCUCUCAUGUUGUACGUUUUUCAGCCAUUUGUUUUACUUCGUUUACUUUUAUAUGUGUGGUUUUUCAAUGGGUUUUGGCUGAAGAUGAAUAAGCACAGCACUGUAAUAUUGCAUUGACUUUGUUGACGUUUAUACUGUGUGACCACGUGGGUCUCUACUCACUCGCCAAUGAAGAUUGAACACAUUAUGAUUGUACUGUAACUGUCUUUCCUUGAUGUAAUUAAUUGACAGAAACGUCCAUAUGUGUGAAGAGAAGUUGAGCUCCUGAUGAAUAUCGUUAGUGCCUAGAUUACACCACGAGAAUCUGAGCAGGUUUUGUUUGUGUAACAGUUGGUGUGAGGUGGCUUGUUAUUAACUAUGAUGGUGACAUCAUGCUCAAAUAACAUUCCUGGUGUGUUCUGAUGAUUGUGUCACUCCUGGGAUGAAAAAUAAAACCUACAAAUUAGGCACUA